GUCCCCUCCCACAGGAAGAAGAGGAGGAGGAAGCCAGAGAGCCCAUCAGUGUGAGAAGUUAAUCUAGUGGCGAAGAAUUUAUUUCCGACCUCCAAUACUAAAUGUAACAUAGUAAAAUUGAGAAACUACUUAAUAACCUUUUCAAAGAAGAAUAGCCUUGUCCAUUAUGUUCAAGAUGAAAAAUCAUAUUUUCAAUAAUAUUUUCUUUCUUUUCGUCAUGGUUGGUGUCACAGCAGGAGACAAAGGAUCCGUGUCUUUUUCUGGAAAGAAUGUUGCUGUCCAUUGUCUGCCUAUGGAAAACGGUGACAUCACCUUUGUAAAGCAUUCUGACCGUGAGAACCACGAUGGUCAAGAUGUCUCAGAAGAGUAUGUGAUAUCGAAACCCAACAUUUAUUCCUGCCAGCAGAACGACGCUACACCAACUGUAAAGUUCUACAUCAAAGCUAAAGUGUGUGACUAUUGCUACGAACUAGAUCCUUACGUUGUUGCAGCUGUCAUCUGUGCCGAUCUGCUGAUCACUGGAGGCAUCAUCCUCCUCGUGUACGCCUAUGGCCAGAGGAAGUCAGGCCCUGCACCCCCCAAACCCUCCAAUGCACGGAACCCUGCUGGCUCCGGUGGUCCGCCGGUGCCCAGUCCAGACUAUCAGCCUCUCAGUGAUUUCACCCGCAACAGGGAUACUUAUGCUACAGUGAAUAAAACUGGCUAAAGUGUCAAAAAUCCUUCUCUAAGGAGCUGUCUCCAUCAAGAGUUUUACUCAGAUCAUCACAGUUGUUCCUUUUUCUGUGAUAACCAAUGGAUUUGUACAGAGCCCGGGAGGUGUCAUUGCAAGAUAUUUUUGUAUAUCGAGAGAAUGAGCGCUCAUUUUACUUAAUUGUGGUCUCAUUUUAGAUUGUGUGCACAAUUUAGUAUAUUGUGUGCUCGUCUUACAACAUAGUGCGCUCGUUUUACUAAAUUGUGUGCUCAAUUUAGUAAAUCUAAUUAAAAUUAUUGAAACAAGCGCACUAUUUAGUUAAACAUGCCCGAUUGAGACCACAAUCUAGUAAACUGACUACACAAUUUAGUAAAAUGAGUGCAUGUUUUCUGGAGAUACACAAAAAACAUCUUGCAGUAACACCUCCAGGAUUUCAUAGAUUUGUAACACAAUUGUCAGGUAUUAGUUACUUAUUUGUACUUAUUUGUAUCAUUCAGGGUAUGGAUUGUAUUGAGGUUUCGCAGUUUACAAAAUGCAGUAUUUUUAAUGUGUUUUCUUCUGUGUGUUUUUUCAAACCGCAACAUAUGGUCUUAUUUCCUACUAAUCUACUUUUUGUUAAACAACUGUAUGUCACCUUUUCCUUUCACACUUUACAUAGCUGUUUUGCCAAAACAUUACCAUGAUAUAGUAGAGGUUUAGAGUUUCACAUCCUUAUGAUUAAUAGGUUUUUACUGCAGAUGACGCUUAUGAGACAAGUGGAGACAAAACCAAGACCUUUCUCUUUGUCAUACACAGUGGAAACAAUGUCAUCAAUUCGACAACAGCGUAGUGUUUUCUGUAUAUAUCAUCAUUUUUAUAAUAUGGAAUAAACAAUGCCGUUUCUCUUUA